UUUUGCGACGCACAGUUGAUGGCGACCAGCAGACGUUUCAGCCUCGAAAUUUCUGGAUAGCUGUGUAUUUGUGAGAGAGACGCUUGAAAAGGAAAGGUCUAUUCCAUACUAAUAUAAUAAUGGGGAGAAGCAGGAGCCGGACACCCCCUCGACGAGAGCGACGGCGUUCGCGCUCGUCCUCUCGUGACCGUGAGAGGCGGCGUAGGGAUCGCGAGAGGUCCCGGUCCCGUGACAGAGACAGGCGAAGGUCACGCUCGCGUUCUCCACACAGACGCAGAUCCAGAUCUCCACGAAGACACCGCUCCUCCUCUCUGUCUCCACUGCGGCAGAAGGACAGACGAGACGAUGACAGGAAAGAUGUGAAGGAUAAGCCGGCAAAGGUCCAUCAGAUAUCAGCUGAGGACAUGCAGGGAAAGACGGAAGAGGAAAUCGAGAUGAUGAAACUGAUGGGCUUUGGAUCCUUUGAGACAUCAAAGGGUAAGAAGAAGGACGGAUCUGUUAAAGCAUUUGCAGUUAAUGUUUCUCAGAAGAGAAAAUACAGGCAAUACAUGAACAGGAAAGGUGGAUUCAACAGACCUUUGGAUUUCAUCGCUUGAUUGAGUCGUCAGGAUCCUCGUUUUAAUGACUUUGACCUCGUCAUAAAACAUGUUUUUUUCCUUCCUGGAGUUUAUGUAAAUAUGUGUUCCAGCAGUUUUCCCCAUCUGUUUUGUUUUUCAGUCAAUGGCUGUUAUGCAAGUGUCCAGUUUAGUUUGUAGUAGCUCAUUUUAAUAUUGUCUUGAAUAUCUUUUGAGAAAAUGUUGCAGUCACUAAAUAAAAGAGAACUCCUGAAUAA